AUUUUUAAUGUUAUAUUUCAGAUUGUGUACUCUGAGUGAAAGCCCCACUUAGAUUAAUCGGACUUCUGGAAAGUUACGAGAUUUUUAAAUUAUUGAGAAAAUCUUUAAGACAACAGUUUGUCAAGAUGGCUCCUAGGAAAUCCGUAGUCGAUCCAGCAGCUGUUCAGGAUCAGAAUGCAACAAUUAGAAAGCUUGAACGCGCCAAUAUCCGGUCGCAAGAGAGACUUGAGUUGGCACUCAGCACAACAAGGAAAAGAAAUAGACUUGGAGGUCAAGUCACUGAACCUCUUUCUAAGAGAAGAAAUGUAAUAUCAGGUAAUCUUGAGAACAAUGCUGAACUUCAGGACGAAGACUCUGCGGGUGGACAAACUGAUAUUGCUGGAAUAGAUGAUGAACUGAUAACUAGAGAACCUGCGGACAAAACUACAUGUCCUGGUGAUUAUGAGGACACUAUUGAAUUCUCUAAUAAAACUGAAGAAGACACUGCUCAGAUUUCUGAUGAUUCAGAGGACAGCUCACACUAUUUUGAUGCUCCUGAGACACCUGAAGAUGAGAAUUUACCAGCUGAGAGUAAUCUGAUGACCGAUGAAAAAUCACAACUGAAGAUCGUGGAACUCACUGAGGAAAUAGAGAAGGUUUCGGUGGAAAAUAAGGAACUUUACUCGCAGUUUACUUUACAAGCCAUGGAUGCCGUAGAAUCUGCAAAUAAUGUGGCUCAGAAGAUGAAAUUGAAGAAUAUUGUGGUUCAAGAUGAGAAUACUCGGCUCCAAUAUGAGAAUACUCGGCUCCAAGAUGAGAAUACUCGGCACCAAGAUGAGAAUACUAGGCUACAAGCUGAGAAUAUUGAGAUUCGGAAUGAAAGUGCUGAACUUAAGCAGGAGAAUGCUCAACUACGCGUUGAGAAAGCUCAGUAUCAAGUAAAGAUUGUUCAUUAUAAAAAUAAGAAUGCUCAGUACAAAGAGAAGAAGGCUUGGUACAAAGAGGAGAAUGCUCAUUACCAAGAGGAGAAUGCUCAGUAUCAAGAGGAGAAUGCUCAGUACCAAGAGGAGAAUGCUCAGUACCAAGAGGAGAACGCUCAGAUCAAAGAGGAGAAUGCUGAGUAUCAAGAAGAGAACGCUGAGUAUGAAGAUGAAAAUGCUCAGAUCAAAGAAGAGAAUUAUAAUCUUCAUACUGAGAAUAACUGGCUUCAAGCUGAGAAUAACUGGCUUCAUCAACAACUUCAGAGGAAAACCUACCAGUGUUCUCAAUCAGGGAAUAUGAAAUGGGGAAAGAGGAAUCAUCAGUGGUAUUAACCAUGUGUAUAUAACCGUAUCAAUGGUACAUUAGCAGUCUAAUCCUCCAGAUUCUAGAAUCUUGGGGAAGCAGCUCUCUCAAUACACAACAUUACAGUGCGAAAUUCAGUUGAAAUAAACCCAGUAAUAAAUGAUUAUCUGAAUAUGUACUGGUCUCUUGUUCAUGUAUCUUACUAAAACCACCAUGUUAUUGUUCAGCUGUGCUGAGGUCCCUGAAAAGCAUAUUAAAACUCCGAUGUACUCUUGUCUCCUAUUUUACUAUCUUUUUAUAAGACUGCAUUAUUUAUUCCUAAAUAAAUGGUUUUGGAUCGUUGGGAACUUGUUAUUUUUACGUAAAAUAUUUGUAUUUUUUCAGAGUUAAUGCAAUGAAUUGUGUCUGAUCAUAAGAUACAAAGUCUGAUCAUUCUGAACAGGGAGAUGGAUAAUAGAGUAACCGAUGGUGUCGAAAAUCCUUCAAAAAGGAUAAUGAUCGAACCUCCUCAGUGCAAGAAUAUUAGAGAAUACGUGGAAGAUAUAGAAGUUGAAGUUAAAACUGAAGAUAAAGGAACAGUUGUUGCAGACGAUUUGGGAGAAAAGGUGGUAGAAAAGAAUAUCCUGCAAGCUAAAUCCAAUAAAAAAAAUCCGAGCAAGUUAAAGCGGAACAAAAAGAAGAAUAAGAAGCUUAAAGAUAAACUGCAAAUAGAAGUACAACUGAAAAAUAAUCUGGCAAAGCAGGAGAGAAAACGAAUGUAUAGGAAAAGGAAACGAGAAAUCAAGAAACUAGAGUUGAAAUGUCUAACUGAUGAUGUCACAAAGUUCAGAAAUCAAUGUGAAGAGGCUCUGAGGGAAAAUAAACUCUUAGAGGAAAGAAAUGAACAACUUUUACGCAACAUUAAUUGUUUGAAAACCUCUGCCGAAAAUGUUUCUGGCGUCAGAGAAGAAAUGCUUCACUCUGAGAUAAGAUGUCUAAAAGUCACAGCAAACCAAUUGUGUGAGAAGUUGAUGAAGUCGAAAAGUGAAGCAGCAUAUAUUGAAACUCAGAAUAAAGAACUUCAAAACAAAAUUCACAAUCUGAAGACAAUUGGAAGACAAUAUAGAGAAAAUUGGAGAGCAGCAGAGAGGGAAAACGCUUCCCUUUCAAAUACAAUUGGUCAACUUCAAAUCAAAAUUCGAAACCUGAAGUCGAUUGGGAGACAAUAUAGGGAUCAUUUUAGAGCAUCAGAGAGAGAAAACAUUGCUCUCGUAGAGGCUAAUAAUCAACUUCAUGAGACGACUCGAAAUCUAAAGAUGAUUGGAAGAUAUUACAGAGAGAGAUGUAGAACUUCUAACAAGAGAGAUCCAUCUAUUCCAGACGAGACUGAUGAGGAUUGUUUAGGAAUCGAAUCUGCCUGUCAAGUGUCCCAGUAGGAUGUACAAUUCUAUUAUCAAACUCAACACCCCAGAUAAUGUAUUCACAUUUUCCAGGAAUAUAAGAGUUGCUACUACA